UUGGCAAAGGUUGUAUCCUAUGUACCUAUCCUCGUAUCUAUGACUUUUUCUAAGUCUAGUGUUGGUAAUUACCUUGGGAUUUGGAGGGGUGCCGGCCUACUGUGGAACAUAUGGCGGUAUAUUGUAGGGUAGAGGCUAUCUGUCAUACAGCUUGGUCAUCGAUGCUUUUCAUAAAAUUUAUAUGCCAGAGGAAUCGAAAAUGGAAACACUCCUGAAACCAUUUGCCAUUUACCCAAAGUUUUAAUGGCCAGAGUUAAUGUGCUGUUUUAACAGUAUUGCGUGUAGUAAGUAUAUUAAUAGGCAAUAUGUUUUGCCCUCAAUCUUGAGCCACUUAAACAGAGAUAUAGCAUAUUGUACAGCACGACCGCUUGAGGUCUCUCUCAGCUAUGGGCGGGAAAAACACGGGUACUGCGAAACUAACCAGACACAGACGAAUUCAUUCCGCUCAACAGCUUCUGUCUGCAUCUUAAAGGGUGUGAAUUAGUACUUUCGUAUUCGCAUCCAUAUAGUGUGGUUGUCACCGGUCUGGAUCCUGGAAUUUCCUAACGUGCGACAUUUCGAGCGGUAUCAUUGACGCUACUUCUGACAGUCGAGAGCAGAAUUCCAACUGAAAAUAUCGUAGCUUUCGGCGUUUAUCACAUUAAAAGAUCUGAAUGUCCAGCAUGGCUUCGGAGGAAGAGACGAACAGACGCUGGCUUCGGGUGUUUCUGGACAGACCGGGGAAUGGGUGCUGUGCUGACUGCGGUGCCCCAGGUCCAGAGUGGGCAUCUUUCACUUUGGGUGUCUUUAUGUGUCAGUGCUGCUCAGGAAUCCACCGUAGCAUUCCUCAGAUCAGCAGAGUCAAAUCUAUCUUCCUUGACCCCUGGGAGAAAUUAGAAGUAGAGUUGAUGUCCUCCAUUGGAAACAGUGCUGCAAAAGCCAAAUAUGAGCAGAUGGUGCCAGCCUUUUAUUACAUGCCAACACACACGGACUGCCAGCUGCUGCGGGAACAGUGGAUCCGGAGCAAAUAUGAGAGAAAUGAGUUUAUUUAUGUGGAGAGGCAAGAGCCAUACUCAGCAGGUUACCGGGAAGGGUUUUUAUGGAAACGAGGGCGGGACAACAGCCAGUUCCUGAGCCGGAAAUUUAUUCUCUCAGAGCGAGAGGGAGCAAUGAAGUAUUUUAACAAGCAUGAUGCUAGGGAGCCCAAGGCCUUAAUGAAGAUCCAAACAAUUAAUGCCACCUUUCAGCCAACAAAGAUUGGCCACCCUCAUGGGCUCCAGAUCACCUACAUGAAGGACAAUAGCACCAGGAAUAUUUUUGUAUACCAUGAGGAUGGAAAGGAAAUAGUUGACUGGUUCAAUGCGAUACGGGCUGCUAGGUUUCAUUAUUUACAAGUUGCUUUUCCUGGAGCCUCUGAUACUGAACUAGUGACCAAACUGACAAGAAAUUAUAUUAAGGAGGGUUACAUGGAGAAGACAGGACCAAAGCAAACAGAGGGUUUUAAAAGACGCUGGUUCACCCUGGAUGACAGGAGAAUCAUGUACUUUAAAGAUCCAUUGGAUGCGUAUGCACGAGGGGAGGUGUUCAUUGGCAGUAAGGAAAGUGGCUACACAGUAGUUGCAGGCCUACCCCCCUCUACACAGGGCUACCACUGGCAGUUUGGGAUCACCAUUGUGACACCAGACAGAAAGUUCCUCUUUGCUUGUGAGAAAGAGGAGGAGCAGAAAGAGUGGAUAACUGUAUUUCAGAGCGUCAUCAACAGACCUAUGCUGCCACAGGAGUAUGCAGUGGAGGCACACUUCAAGCAUAAGCCGUGAUUGCUUCUCAGAAUCAAGAUCUCAAAGAUGCCAUGGAAGCUUGUAGCAAUGCACAGCACCAAAGCCUAUAAUUUUCCACAGAAAGAGACAGCCACGAGACAGCAGCUCCAGAACACUGACUGGGCUAGUACAAUGACUGUUCAAACACUGCUUUAAAAUACUGUGCAAGAGCACAUCCAAGUUUAAACCCAGCUUCGUCUAGUAAAUAAAUGGUCUUUCCUGGCAAAAAUGUCAUUUGAAAGUGACAUUAAUCAAAAGUAACACAAAAAUGACCCAGGUUGUUUUCAUGAAACUUAAAUGAAAAAAUAUAUAUGCACAUACACCAGACAAAGAAAAUCAUAAAACCAAUGUACACACACCUACAUUUAAUUUUGACUUUAUUUGACUUCAUAAGGUCCUUUUGAACAUAAGCCCAGUAAAAAAUGCCUCUUCUCUUGCCUGGGUACCACCUACAAAAAUCCAAAAAUAGUCAAUGCAAAUGACCUUAUACAUACUUAAAUGUUGGGUGCAAAUUCAUUUUUGAGUACAGUAGCACUUGCAGUGGCACAGAAAAGGGCGAAAAAGAUAUGGUAUAAGAUGGUAUAUGUUGGGGAAUGCAAAUAGAAUAUUGCAUUCAAGAUCAAAGAACAUAGGGCAUAACUAUAUUUCUAAAUAAAUAAAUAAUCAAACAAACAAACAAAAAAAUAAUUAUUUCAAAAAUACUAAUGGUUAAAAAAAAAAAAGCUCAGUAAAAGUUUGAAUUGUGCGAAUCUUUUCUACUCACAGUCAAUAAAUUACUUCCAUUGUGGGUAGUGAUGUAAACUGGUUAAUUAAGUUUUUAGUUAGCAAUGUUGUGGAGCACAAACAAAUACCUUUCGUCUCCCACCAAAAGUAUAAGUCUCCCACAAGAUGCAGUGAUCCCACUUGUGACAACCAACUACACUAGGCACAACCAUAACAAUAAGUGGAGUCAUUUGCUCUGACUAUAAUGGUGAAAUCAGACAUUGCUGCACAUUGCAUUUUUAUGUUUGCCUCUUCAUUAAUCAUGUACUGGAUUCUGAUGUUUUGAGAAUAAUUUGACAAUUUGAUCAGUUUGAUUAUGCCAACCGAAACAGCCAACAUAAGGAAAUUCAAAAGGAAAAUGAGGAACGACUCUUGGGAAUUUUUAUUUGAUUAUUAACCAUACAUUAGAGCAAGAAACUCUUUGUGGUUUCUUGAAAAUAUAUUCUUAUUUUAUCCUCAUUAUGUUGCCUAUUAAUAGAUCAGUAAACAUAUAAAAUUACUUCACAGCUAUUUGCAGCCUGUAAUUGCCCAUGAAUAAGAUUGAUAUGUAAAUAUUUACUAGGGAACUAAACUGUAGAUUAAAACCAAUUCAUUAAAUGAAGAAUAAAUUAAGAAAUAGGCUAAUUACCCAGUAUUUACAAAUAAAGAAAAGAAACUCAUAAAUGUUAUAAUGUUAUGCUUUAAUUCUUAUGUCAAAGAAGCCUGUAUUAGUUGUUAUUUAGCUGCUUAAUUUGAUAUGAAGUAUAAUGAAUGAUCAUUUGCACUCUGUGUGUGUGUGUGUAUUACUUUGCAAGUCUUUGGCACCAUAUUAUCAGUACAUCUCAUGUCUGCCCUAUAACUUUAAAGUAAAGUAGUUUCUGUCUUGUAAUAUCUUGCUUUCUUUACAGGAAUGUAAAUAUUCUUCCGUGAUGUUAUUUAUUAAUUAAUUUUAAGAUAUAUUUGAAAAUAAUAAAUGCUUUUGUACAUAGAAAUACAGACAUGGAAAACAUACUAUAUAUAUAUAUAUAUAUAUAUAUAUAUAUAUA